AUGAGGAGUGCUCUGAAAAGCGAUUCGGAAGAGAAAACUGUGAAACUUCCAGUGACCGAAAUAGUUGACCAAGACGAACGCUUUCGUUAUGGUCCAGAAGGUGACAUUGGCAGAGAUCAAGUCGCUAAACCAUCUCCUACUGCAACACCAAUCCGCAAACAACAAGCCACAUCUCCACCUCCGCCCUCUCAAUCGGGCGUGGUGGCUAAAACUGGUCAACUUUUGAGUUCUGUUGGGUCAACUCUGUGGUCUGGCGCUACAGGCGCUGUCUCCCUGGGCUUCGGCGUACUGCGCACCGGUGUCAAUGCUGGUAGUUCGGCCAUAACAGGCGUGGCGAGCGGGGUAGCCGGUCUAGUGCACCUCCGAUCAUCAGCCACAGGAUCGGAGUCCAACGCGACAGCAAACGAAAACGACAGCGAGAAGAGUCCUUCUGAGCCCCCGGCGGAGUUCUCUGCAACCGCAAAGGUCAAAAGUUACCUGCCAAAGUCGCUCCUUCGAGGGUCACAAAAGGACAAAGCUGACUGA